AUGCGCGGGUUGGAGGAGCCAGGACCUCGGCCCACAACGACCGGGUGUGGCUGUGUGAAGCCGGCUCUAGAGACAGGGAAUCUUUUAACUGAGCCAAUUGGAUACUUGGAAUCCUGUUUCUCCACCAAGAAUGGUACUCCAAGGCAGCCAUCCAUUUGUAGUCAUUCAAGGGCUUGUUUGAAAAUUAGAAAGAGCAUCUUUAAUAAUCCUGAACAUUCCUUGAUGGGCUUAGAACACUUCUCUCAUGUUUGGAUUUUGUUUGUUUUUCACAAAAAUGGCCAUUUGAGCUGUAAGGCAAAAGUGCAGCCGCCUAGGCUGAAUGGCGCCAAGACGGGAGUUUUUUCCACAAGGAGCCCUCAUCGUCCCAACGCAAUAGGACUGACCCUGGCCAAACUGGAGCGGGUGGAAGGUGGCACUGUUUACCUUUCGGGAAUCGACAUGAUCCAUGGCACGCCCGUACUAGACAUAAAGCCCUAUAUAGCCGAUUACGACUCGCCACAAAGCUUGGUUGAGCCCCUAGGGAAUUUUGAUUCACAGUAUCACCAACAUAAACCACACACUGAGUUCCAGCCUGACAGCAAGACUGCGAGCUGCAACCAGCAGCAGCUGUCAGGGUGGGAUGAAGCACAGCCACACAGUCGCACGGAGGAGAAUUUGAAAUAUCCAGGUGAAGCCAGAACUUCAGGAAGAAACAGCUCGAAACACGACGAGACAGCAAAUGUCCUACAAUACCCACCUAAGCACAGGGAGUUGGGAGCAGAUUUGGGUGUAGAGUCAAGAGGAGACCAGAGUUCCUUCGUGGCGGGAGACCGUGACAGCCCAUGUCACCUGGAGAAGAGCACCUCAGAGGGAAGCGUGGACAAGAGCCACCCGAGUGGGAGAGAAGCCGCGGCCACGCCAGGAAAGGAUGUGGCGCUGCAGGGGCCUCCCCCUCCUCCCAGCAUGGCUGAGGCAGCUCGGAGCAGUGCGGUGCCUGCCUGGGUGCGGGAGGCCCCCGUGACCCCCUUGGAAGUCAGGUUCACUCCUCAUGCAGCGAGGGACCUGGGGCACCUGAGUUCAGAAGGUGUGGGUCAGGCUUCAUUUAAGUAUUUUCAGUCAGCAGAGGAAGCCAGGCGUGCCAUUGAGGCUGUGCUGUCAGCCGACCCUCGGUCUGUGUAUCGCCGGAAGCUUUGCCAGGACCGCCUUUUCUAUUUCACUGUAGAUACUGCACAUGUCACUUGUUGGUUUGGUGAUGGCUUUGCAGAGGUUCUAAGGAUCAAGCCAGCUUCAGAGCCUGUUCCAGUGACUGACCCUGUGGAGUCCUUGGUGUCUCUGGGAUCGUAAGCGCCUCCAUCUCAUCUUCAUGACCGUCUGGAUGACAUUGGCGUGACUGUUGGAUUUUCUGCCCGAGUUUAUGGUGUGCUUUCUUUGCAGAAAGAAGCAACAUUUUGAUCUCACUGCUGGGUGAAUUUAAAUUGUUAAACAUAUUUAUUUGAAAAACGUAUUUUAAUAAACUUA